AUGGGUCAGUUUUUAAAAAGGUUGAAGUAUUUAGUAACCAAAGGUUUACUAUUACCCAAGGAACCGUACAAAAUGGUUUUGGUUGUGCGAACAGACAUUUCAAUGAGCACUGGAAAAAUAGCCGGACAGUGUGCUCAUGCUGCUGUCGAGUGUUAUGAUAGCUGUAAGAAUAAUAAAGUUAAUCAAGAGUAUCUAGAUGCAUGGUUCAUGUUAGGUCAACCAAAAAUUGUUCUCAGAGUGACUAGUGAGGACAGAUUAAAAUCGUUGGCUGUUAAAGCCAGUAAUUGUGGACUUGUUACUGCUAUUAUUAAAGAUGCUGGUAGAACUCAGUUAGAGCCUGGCACUAUUUCAGUACUUGGUAUUGGUCCUGGUCCUAAUAGCAUUGUAGAUAGUGUUACAUCACACCUUAAGUUACUAUGAUACUUACUCUUUGUUUUCUUAUUUUAUAGUUAAUAUUUUUAUUGUAAAUUUAAAAAAUUAAUCAACCAGUUUUAAUAUCAGAAGUCAUCAAUUUAUUGCAAUAUAAAAUAUUAUAUAUAUAUAUCACUAAUGAAACUAAGUAGAAGUCUAUCUGUUUAAAUGUGAUUACAUAGUCAUAAAAUAUUCACGUCUAUUAUUUAUAAAUGUUUAAUUGGUAAAAUUAUGUUAUUUUACAAAGGUGUGAAAUUAAAAAAAAAAAU